AUGCCGCAUCAACAACUUCUCUUCCCGUUUCUCCCUCUCUAUGCGUCUCUUCGAUGUGGUGAAAGGAAAAAAAAACGUGGAAGGUGUCCGCAUAUUCAUAAGCUCGACGCACCAGUCGCACGCACUCACACAUACCUGUCCUGUGUGUUGCUGUCGCACCUCAUCCCUCAAGAGUGUGCGACUCGCAGAGAUCUUCUCGAGCCUGGGCAUCAUUCUCUCUUUAUGAUUUCUCCGUGCAGCAGCACCGAAACACGUCGGCGCACUGCUGCUAGGGCAGUACAGAGGAAAGCUUGCCAAAUAAUGCUCCGUCUCUCGCUUCGCCAUCUCGCCGCUUCCACUGGUGGCUUCUCGUCUGCCGCGUUUAUCGGCGACGACGGCGGUACUUACAACAGACUUAAGAAUGAGCAGGAGCGACUGAUGCACGAUCAUCAGCAAGAGCGCGCGGAGGUGCAAGAGCAACAGUACCAUCACAGAGGAGGUGGCGCCCAGGACGCCGGCACUUCAGCUUCUGCUUCGAUGUCAUCCUCGUUCUCCUGGGAUGAGACGUGCUCUCCAACUGGCUUUCAUGGCACAAAGGGCAGCAGCAGCAGCAGCGGUGGCAGUAGUGGCAGCGGUACCACCUCCCAUGGUACCGCAGCCGAAGAACCCCUUGAGCGACCGACGAUUGACACCUACCGCGCCAUGACGGACAGUGAGCUCAUCGAGACACUGCGGACCCGCGACGCGCAGAUUCAUCACCUGCGUGCCAUCUACGAGACCUUUCACUACGAAGCAGACAGGCAUCUCCGCAAGAUGAUCUUCGACUACCACGAUAAGACGAUGCAGCUGUCGCAAGUGCACGGGCGCAUGCAGCAGGCCUCGCUGGAGAUCAACCGCGCGGCCCUUUCGAAGAUGCGUGAUCAGCAGGAUAUGAUGACACGUGACAAGCGCAUCAUCUUCACAAUUUGCACGCUGUGGACGCUGAUCUUCUGGGUGUGGGUACGUCGCCACUACGUGAAGCGGCGUGAGCUGGAGCGGGAGCCGCUUGAGGGGCGGGAGUGGGCUCAGAUGAGCCCCUCCAUCACCGGCGCCGGAAGCUACAACGACAACUUUUUUGGCAGCAACAAGCGCAAUGCGCGUUUUAGGGAGACGGCGUGGGAGCGGGAGCUGCGGGAGCGUCGUGAGGCGCAAGACCUCCGAGAGCAGCAGCGCACCCUUCUUCAGAAUCAAACGGAGCUGCAGAAGGCCGUGGCAGCGCAGCGGGCGCAGCAGCAGCCGGAUCGGAGGAGUGACUCUUGA